GGUAACGGAAGUGUGGCGGCGUUGAGUUGAGCGGGCUUUUUGGAAGUUUGUGGCGGAGUUCUGUGAUAUGAGCAACAAUGGACCAGAAGAUUUUAUCUCUAGCAGCAGAAAAAACAGCAGACAAACUGCAAGAAUUUCUUCAAACCCUGAGAGAAGAUGAUGUGAGUAUUAGGAAGCAUGUUCUGCUAAAAUUGACUAACCUCCUUCAGAAUCAAGCAGUGAAAGGAAAAGUUGCUGGAGCACUCCUGAGAGCCAUCUUCAAAGGUUCCCCCUGCCGUGAGGAAGCUGGAACACUUAGGAGACGUAAGAUAUACACUUAUUGUAUCCAGUUGGUGGAAUCAGGGGAUUUGCAGAAAGAAAUAGCGUCUGAGAUCAUAGGAUUACUGAUGCUGGAGGCUCACCAUUUUCCAGGACCAUUAUUGGUUGAAUUAGCCAAUGAGUUUAUUAGUGCUGUCAGAGGAGGCAGCCUAGUGAAUGGAAAAUCUUUGGAGUUACUACCUAUCAUUCUCACUGCCCUGGCUACCAAAAAGGAAAAUCUGGCUUAUGGAAAAGGUGUACUGAAUGGGGAAGAAUGUAAGAAGCAGUUGAUUAACACCCUGUGUUCUGGCAGGUGGGAUCAGCAAUAUGUAAUCCAGCUCACCUCCAUGUUCAAGGAUGUCCCUCUGACUGCAGAAGAGGUGGAAUUUGUGGUGGAAAAAGCAUUGAGCAUGUUCUCCAAGAUGAAUCUUCAAGAAAUACCACCUUUGGUCUAUCAGCUUCUGGUUCUCUCCUCCAAGGGAAGCAGAAAGAGUGUUUUGGAAGGAAUCAUAGCCUUCUUCAGUGCACUAGAUAAGCAGCACAAUGAGGAACAGAGUGGUGAUGAGCUGUUGGAUGUUGUUACUGUGCCAUCAGGUGAACUUCGUCAUGUGGAAGGCACCAUUAUUCUUCACAUUGUGUUUGCCAUCAAAUUGGACUAUGAACUAGGCAGAGAACUCCUGAGACACUUAAAGGCAGGACAGCAAGGAGAUUCCAAAAAUAACUUAAGUCCCUUCAGCAUUGCUCUUCUUCUCUCUGUAACAAGAAUACAAAGAUUUCAGGACCAGGUGUUUGAUCUUUUAAAGACUUCGGUUGUAAAGAGUUUUAAGGAUCUUCAACUCCUCCAAGGCUCAAAAUUUCUUCAGAAUCUAGUUCCUCAUAGGUCUUAUGUUUCAGCCAUGAUCUUGGAAGUGGUAAAGAAUAGCGUUCAUAGUUGGGACCAUGUUACUCAGGGCCUUGUUGAACUUGGUUUCAUUUUGAUGGAUUCAUACGGGCCAAAGAAGGUUCUUGAUGGAAAAACUAUUGAAACCAGCCCAAGUCUUUCUAGAAUGCCAAACCAGCAUGCAUGUAAGCUCGGAGCUAGUAUCCUGUUGGAAACUUUUAAGAUCCAUGAGAUGAUCAGACAAGAAAUUCUGGAGCAGGUCCUCAACAGGGUUGUUACCAGAGCAUCUUCUCCCAUCAGUCAUUUCUUAGACCUGCUUUCAAAUAUCGUCAUGUAUGCACCCUUAGUUCUUCAAAGUUGUUCUUCUAAAGUCACAGAAGCUUUUGACUAUUUGUCCUUUCUCCCCCUUCAGACUGUACAAAGGCUACUUAAGGCAGUGCAGCCCCUUCUCAAAGUCAGCAUGUCAAUGAGAGACUCCUUGAUACUUGUUCUUCGGAAAGCAAUGUUUGCCAACCAGCUUGAUGCCCGAAAAUCUGCAGUUGCUGGAUUUUUGCUGCUACUGAAGAACUUCAAAGUUUUAGGCAGCCUGUCAUCCUCUCAGUGCAGUCAGUCUCUUAGUUUCAGUCAGGUUCAUGUGGAUGUUCACAGUCAUUAUAAUUCUGUUGCCAAUGAAACUUUUUGCCUUGAGAUCAUGGAUAGUUUGAGGAGAUGCUUAAGCCAGCAAGCUGAUGUUCGACUUAUGCUUUAUGAGGGGUUUUAUGAUGUUCUUCGAAGGAACUCUCAGCUGGCUAAUUCAAUCAUGCAAACUCUGCUCUCACAGUUAAAACAGUUCUAUGAGCCAAAACCUGAUCUGCUGCCUCCUUUGAAAUUAGAAGCUUGUAUUCUGACCCAAGGAGAUAAGAUCUCUCUACAAGAACCACUGGAUUAUCUGCUGUGUUGUAUUCAGCAUUGUUUGGCCUGGUAUAAGAAUACAGUGAUACCCUUACAGCAGGGAGAGGAGGAAGAGGAGGGGGAAGAGGCAUUCUACCAAGACCUAGAUGAUAUAUUGGAGUCCAUUACUAAUAGAAUGAUUAAGAGUGAGCUGGAAGACUUUGAACUGGAUAAAUCAGCAGAUUUUUCUCAGAGCACCAGUAUUGGCAUAAAAAAUAAUAUCUGUGCUUUUCUUGUGAUGGGAGUUUGUGAGGUUUUAAUAGAAUACAAUUUCUCCAUAAGUAAUUUCAGUAAGAACAAAUUUGAGGACAUUCUGAGCUUAUUUAUGUGUUACAAAAAGCUCUCUGACAUCCUUAAUGAAAAAGCUGGUAAAGCCAAAACUAAAAUGGCCAACAAGACGAAUGAUAGUCUUUUGUCCAUGAAAUUCGUGUCCAGUCUUCUCACUGUUCUUUUCAGGGAUAGUAUCCAAAGCCACCAAGAAAGCCUUUCUGUUCUCAGGUCCAGCAGUGAGUUUAUGCGCUAUGCAGUGAACAUAGCUCUGCAGAAAGUACAGCAGCUAAAGGAAACGGGGCAUGUGAGUGGCCCUGAUGGCCAAAACCCAGACAAGAUCUUUCAGAACCUCUGUGACAUAACUCGAGUCUUGCUAUGGAGAUAUACUUCAAUUCCUACUUCAGUGGAAGAGUCGGGAAAGAAAGAGAAAGGAAAGAGCAUCUCACUGCUGUGCUUGGAGGGUUUACAGAAAAUAUUCAGUGCUGUGCAACAGUUCUAUCAGCCCAAGAUUCAGCAGUUUCUCAGAGCUCUGGAUGUCACAGAUAAGGAAGGAGAAGAGAGAGAAGACGCAGACGUCAGUGUCACUCAGAGAACAGCAUUCCAGAUCCGGCAAUUUCAGAGGUCCUUGUUGAAUUUACUUAGCAGCCAAGAGGAAGAUUUUAAUAGCAAAGAAGCCCUCCUGCUAGUCACUGUUCUUACCAGUUUGUCCAAGCUACUGGAGCCCUCAUCUCCUCAGUUUGUGCAGAUGUUAUCCUGGACAUCAAAGAUUUGCAAGGAAAACAGCUGGGAGGAUGCCUUGUUUUGCAAGAGCUUGAUGAACUUGCUCUUCAGCCUGCAUGUUUUGUAUAAGAGUCCUGUCAUUCUGCUGCGUGACUUGUCCCAGGAUAUCCAUGGGCAUCUGGGAGAUAUAGACCAGGAUGUAGAGGUAGAGAAAACAAACCACUUUGCAAUAGUGAAUUUGAGAACGGCUGCCCCCACUGUCUGUUUACUUGUUCUGAGUCAGGCCGAGAAGGUUCUAGAAGAAGUGGACUGGCUAAUCACCAAGCUUAAGGGACAAGUGAGCCAAGAAACCGUAUCAGAAGAGGCCUCUUCUCAGGCAACUCUGCCAAAUCAGCCUGUCGAGAAAGCCAUCGUCAUGCAACUGGGAACUCUGCUUACAUUUUUCCAUGAGCUGGUGCAGACAGCUCUGCCAUCAGGCAGCUGUGUGGACACCUUGUUAAAGGACUUGUGCAAAAUGUACACCACACUUACAGCACUUGUCAGAUAUUAUCUCCAGGUGUGUCAGAGCUCUGGAGGAAUUCCAAAAAAUAUGGAAAAGCUGGUGAAGCUGUCUGGUUCUCAUCUGACCCCCGUGUGUUAUUCUUUCAUUUCUUAUGUACAAGGCCAAAAACAGAUUCCUACAUACCAGCCCCUCUGGAAUGUCUACAGUUCCUUAUUUUCCAGAACAUGGCAUGUGGAACAAACCUGUUUCUCUCAUGGCUCCAGUUGCAGAGCUUCUCUGUAUUUUCAGAAUAAGAGCCUAAACUAUACGGGAGAGAAAAAGGAGAAACCUGCUGCCGUUGCCACAGCCAUGGCCAGAGUUCUUCGGGAAACCAAGCCAAUCCCUAACCUCAUCUUUGCCAUUGAACAGUAUGAAAAAUUUCUCAUCCACCUUUCUAAGAGGUCCAAGGUGAACCUGAUGCAGCACAUGAAGCUCAGCACCUCACGAGACUUCAAGAUCAAAGGAAACAUCCUAGACAUGGUUCUUCGAGAGGGUGGCGAAGACGAAAAUGAAGAGGGCACUGCAUCAGAGCAUGGUGAACAGAACAAAGAACCAGCCAAGAAGAAAAGGAAAAAAUAAAUGAAAUGCCUGAGUUAAUGUGAACUUUGGGGCUUCUGCUUCAUUUCUACCCAACAAGCAACAAUGCCCCUUGUCAUACAGCCCACACCGAUGUUGGCAUCUUGGUUCUGAACCCACUGAAUUCAACUGCACCUUCAGUUAGAAGGAAUCUUCUUGGCAGGUCCUGCUACUGAAAAAUGGCUGGCCUUAGGCAAGCCCUUUUGCAAAAAGCACAGCUGAAAGCCUGAGUUUGGGAGCCUGCACCGCCCCGAUGAAGCUCCAUGGGAGCAAAUACAGAGCCUCCAGGCAGUGCUAUGGUCCAGGCUGGCUUCGUUUUUCCAAGGAGCCUUUGGUGAGUUCAAUUAUCUGGUAAAUAUCCAGCGCUUCACCUGAAAAAUAGUGCAAAUUGGUUAAGAUGCCACCUCAAUAACUGUAACUGAGAGCUCAGAAGUGAGCAAAGGAGCUUAAUGCUAAGGUCAAAAAGGAGAGUGAAAGGUUGAGAACAAUUGUCACGAAUGGUAAUGUUACAUGUUAGGAGGGUCUGUUUUCUUUUUAUAUAAAAUAAGUCUGUCUUAGAUACAUUUUAAAUAGAAAAUAAGCUUUCUGAUUUACUUGUUUGGUAUUUAAAGCACAGUUUGUUUUUCUGUCAUCUAAGAAUGCACUCUAUAGAAUAAAUCCUCUUUAAACAUUUCUGCUGUGGUUGAAGUAGGGGACAGGUACAGGUAGAAUAUUUGAAGCUCUGCUGUGUUCAUUUUUGAAACAUCAUGUCACAUUCACUGUGGAUACAGGGCACCUUAUGAACUGAAAUUAGCCUAGAA